AUGCAGUACCAAAUGCGGUGUAUUGCACUCAAUCUCUGCCGUUGACGACCAAUGGAAAGGUUGAUAGACGUUGCUUAGCAACCAGCCUUCCAGAACUUGUGCGCAAUCAUGAUAGGCAAGAACGAAAGCGUCGCAAAUUGAAUUGCAAACCCAAAGUUGCCACUCGCCUACUGUUGCUCCAACAAAUUACAAACACACUGGAGUACACCGGCUCUGGAAGCGCCGCACCCGAAGACAGGGCGGAUUGUUACUUCGCGGCGACAGGCCAUUCCUCUCUCGACGCCGUGCGCGUCGUCUCUGCGAUCAGCGCACUCAGCGAUACGUCUCUAUCAACGACCACUACGCAGGUGUGU